GCCGUUUCAAGGGGGUUCACUUCGUUUGUCAUUCGCCUAAUGUGCUUGAUGGGGACUGAACGGGGGCCAGGCUGUGAUUCAGAGGGAGAUGCCACGCAGUGAGGCGGCGCCCGCAAACUUGGGACACUUACUCACCGUUGACCCUUCUCACGAGGCUGCAGCUGGCCUAUUUAUACCACGAGACCUGGGACCCUGGGACUCACUGGUACACCAACGUCGACGAUCUCGCUCGUGUUGUGGUACUUUCCAAGCGUGGCAUCCAGCAGCACGGCAGCUUACUACAUUGAUCCGUCUACUUACUCAUCCUACAGAGCUCAGCUGAUUUGACAUGGCUGGUGGUCAUCAUCACCACCAUAACGGUGGGUCGUCGUCGAAGCGUCCACGCUCUUCCACUGGCGACAUGAACAUCAACAACAACAACAACAACAACGACCAAGGGGGCAGUUCCAAGAGACAGCGGACCGAGACCCAUGCUCAGGAUGCGCAGCCCCUGGAUCCCUUGGGGUAUCCCAAUGUCGACGCCUUUGGUCAUCCGCAGCUAGACUACAACAACUAUGUCGCCCCCAUGGCCACCAUGCAACAGUAUAAUAUGCCACCCCCAACAGCGGCAGCGACAUCGGCUGGCAACAACCCAGCCGCUCCCAACGGCGUCUCUUCCUACGGUGCCGCCUACCAAGGACCCCUCCCGGCGAAUGCGACUCGAUCCACCCGCAGCGGCCUCAGGAUCGGCGCCCUGACUCUCGAGGAAGCCCAGCUCGCCAUCCCCGGGCACCUGUCGCCUGAAGACAAGGCUGCCCUCAAGGCCCGCCUGCAGGACGAGCUCAACCGGCAGCGCGCCCAUCCGCCGGCCCUGCCUCGCUCCGAAAUCCCCGAUCUGCCCCCCAAGGAGUUCAUGCCCGAGUACAAAAAGAUCGAGGAGCACUUUGCACCCGCGCUCAAGGCCCGCAUCCGGACCUUCAACGCACGCGUCUCCGAGGAGCUGCGGAACAUUGAUCGCCGGCGCAACAACCAGGCGGCCAAGAAGUCACGCGAGACCCGACUCGAGGCCCUCCGCCUCACGCGGGACAUGCUGAACAAGAAGACGGCCGAGUGCGACUGGCUCCGCCUCAAGGUACUGCAGCUCCAGGGCGACCCGAAAGAGUACGACGCCCUGCCGGGCCAGACCCGGCGCCGGCUCAUCGAGACGGUCGAGACGCGCGUCCGCGAGGUCGACCAGGCCUACGCCGAGGAGAAGAAGCAGGAGGAGAGCCGCAAGCGGGCCCAGCGCACGCGCCUGCGCGCCGAGGCCCGCGAGAUCGAGGCGAUGGCGCCCGACCACUUUCUGAACGAGAUUGUGCCGCCCGAGGAGGCGCUCACGGCCAUCAUCGGCGAAGACGGCACGUAUAUCGACAAGGGACAGGAGGAGGAGGACGGCGAGGGGGAGCAGCAGGAGCAGCAGCAGGUGUAUGGAGAUGGUGGCGGCGUCCUGGACGAGCAUGUGUUGGAGCGGACGCUGUAUGGAGGAGGGCACAAUGGUCACACUAUGUGACUGUGCGCUUGCGAUUGACCUGCUGGUGAUUAUUUUAUGGUGUUUGACAGAGAUUGAUUCUGGGGGGCCAGGCGCGGUGGCAUAUUUGUUCUUGGGCGAGAUUCUGAGUUUUGGGCCAGAAAUUGGGAGAGACACAUCAUGGCAUAUGGCAUUCAUCAAGGCCACACGGGACUGUCACUGGGCUAUGGAUUUGGUACGAAGGCGUUAUAGGAUUGCUAUACUUGGGAAAAAUUACCUCUUGCUCCAAGCUACUCG